AUGGCAGCCGUGGGACCCGUGGAUGAGAUGAGGCGGGAGGAAAAAGGAACGACAUAUCACCAGCAUGAGGAGAUUGGAGGAUCCCCAGGAACACCCAGCGAGGACGGCAUCCCUCGUGACCUGGAGAAGCACCCUUCGCACAUGGCAGGCUCCGAACUAGACCAGGUUUCCUCCGAGGAUGGCGACAGCUAUGUGACGACCAAGACGUGGAUGGUCGUCGUGACUCUCUCCUUUGCCUAUGGCAUAUCGUUCUGGCCUGUGCCCUUCUUCAGCACGAUUCAGUCCGAGAUUGCUGCUUCGUUUGGAUCUUCCGCGGGACUUGGUACUUGGUUCACAUCAAGCUACAUUGCCGCCGCCACCAUCGCCUUCAUGAUCUGUGGCGCCAACAGCGAUCUAUUCGGCCGACGGGCCUUCCUGCUCAUGGGCAACGUGCUUGUCCUGGUGGGAGCCAUUGUCGGAGCCACUUCGCACCACAUGGGCCAAUCUAUUGCAGCUCAUGUGCUGAUCGGUUUUGGGGCCGGGAAUUGUCAACUCACCACCUUUGCCAUUCCGGAGCUGCUCCCCAACAAGUGGCGGCACAUCGGAGUCGUCAUUGCAGAUGGAGUUGCAUUUUUCAAUGUCAUCGCCGGCCCUGUCACAGCCCGAAUCGCCAUCCGUCACGGCGAUGCUUGGCGUUGGGGCUACUGGGCUAUGGUCAUCACCAUCGCAAUCUCCUUGCUCAUCCUCGUCUUGUACUACUAUCCGCCCGCCCACCCGAGAGGUAUCCCCUGGGGUCAAGCUCUUCGAAAUCUGGACUAUGUAGGUAUGGCGAGCUUCACGAUCAGCGCCGCAAUGGUGCUUUCUGGCAUCGUCUACGUACAGCUGGUUCCUUCCGACGACCCCAAGGUGAUUGGUUUGCUGGUUGCCGGCUUCGGAUGCCUUGUUUUCUUCGCUCUGUGGGAGACGUUUGUGCCUCUCAAGGAACCGCUCACUCCACCCCGGCUGUUCACCGCAAACAAGGGUCGGAGAAUGACAGGCCCAUUCAUCGUCGGCUUUGUCGUCACCAUGUUCUAUUACGGAACCAACAUCAUCUGGGGCGAGAUGGUCUCGUUGUACUUUACCCACGCAGACACUCCCCCCCAUACCGUCUAUUGGCUUGCUACCGUGCAAGGAUUCGGCAUCCUCCUGGGCGGCGUUUUCCUCUCCGUCGCCGGAAACUACUUCAAGCAUUGGCAGUGGCAGAUGGGUCUCUCGAUUGCGUGGAUGACUCUGUUUGGCGGUCUCCUAGCCUACGUGACUCCUCAGCGCGAGGGCGUCGGCGUCGCCUUUGCCUUUCUGUCGGCCGCCGGCUUCGGCUACGCCCAAUACCUGUCAAUCACAUAUAUCCAAUUCGGCGCCGACCAAAUCGAACUGGGUAUUGCCGGCGGCCUCGCAGGGGUGUCGAGAGAAUCCGGUGGCGCUGUCGCCGUCACGUCGUUCGAGACCAUUCUGGUCCAUGUCCAGCAGCGAUACGCCCGACAACAUGUGGCCCCUGCGGCUCAAGCCGCCGGUGCUUCGCCCCAAGUUGCUCAAGCCGUCGCCGCAGCGCUGCCACUCGGUGCUGCCGCCCUGGAGAAAGUUCAAGGCAUCACUCCAGCCAUUGUCUCGGCAGCGCAAGCUGCUUUCCUGGAGAGCUACGUACAAGGUUUGAAGACCGUCGCACUGACUUUGACCGGCUUCGGGUGCGUGGCCAUCAUCGCAUGCUUCUUCAUCGAAGACAUUGGACCAAGAAUGAACCAGAAAAUUGAGAUCUUCCUGGAGAACGAUGUCGAAGCUCACAAGAACAAGUAUCACUAG